UCUGUAUAAAGAGAUUAUAAUUUGCUUUUACAAAAACAAAAAUUUCUCUCGAGGCUCCUUGGUUUUGAAAAAAAGCUUGAAACAUGAGAAUCCUCCGCAGGGAUUUUGUUCGUGAUGGACCAGGAAGCGCUAAACUGAUGGCGGAGGACUCGGAUGAUCUCUGGUUUACUUAUAACUUAAUUGGCCCCGGCGAUAGUGUAAUGGCUGUCACAUCGAGAAAGGUUCUGAGAGAGAGAGGAAAUUCUAAACGUGUAGACUCUGAACGUGUUGACUCUAAACGUGAAGACUCUGACUCUGAUCAACGUGUUGACUCCAAAAAACGUGUAGGCUCUAAAAAACGUGGUGACUCUAAAAAACGUUUAGACGCUGAGCUUGACGACUCUAAACCUCUAGUGUCUGAACGUCUGACACUGAAGCUAGAAGUACAAGUUGAGGAGGUAAACUAUGACAAAGACGGUGGUGUUUUGCGCAUACUUGGGACGAAUAUCCUUGAGAACGAGCACGUACCGCUUGGUGCAUACCAUAGUUUGGAGCUCGUGCUGAAACGACGUUUUCUAUUGAGGAAAAAAAUAUGGGACUCAUUGGCUAUUGAUACACUCAACCAGGCAAAACAUCGUAUCUCCAGUGAUGAUUUAGCUGUAGUUCUAAUGCAAGAAGGACAUGCACAAAUCUUCCUUGUCGGAAAAAGUGUGGGUGCACCAAUAGAAACAUCAAUUCCUAAUCGUAAGCAUGCUGGUUACGAGGCUGCUUUGAAGAAAUUCUUUGAGAACGUUGUGCGUGCCUUUGUGAAACACGUUGACUUCAGUGUCGUUCGGUGUGUAGUGAUCGCAAGUCCUGGCUUUACAAAGGAUCAGUUUCAUCGCCACUUGUUGUUGGAAGCAGAGAGAAGACAGUUGAAACCUAUUACUGAGAACAAAUCACGUAUACUUCUGGUGCAUGCAAACUCCGGAUAUAGACAUAGCCUUGGAGAGGUUCUGUGUGACCCCAAAGUGAUGAAGAUGAUCCAAGAUACAAAAGCAUCGAAAGAGGUGAGCGCUUUCAGGGAUUUCUUCACCAUGUUCGAAAAGGAUCCAUAUCGGGCAUGCUACGGACCGAAGCAUGUGGAGUUUGCUCAUGAACAAAAGGCAAUCCAAACACUUCUCAUUACAGAUGAGCUGUUUAAAAAUUCUGACGUGAAAGAAAGGAAGAAAUAUGUGGAUUUUGUGGAGUCGGUGAAAAAAUUAGGAGGAGAGGCUUUUAUAUUUUCUUCGAUGCAUGUUUCAGGUGAACAACUGGCAAUGCAUACUGGAAUUGCAGCUCUUCUCAGGUUCCCUUUACCAGGUCUCGAUGACGUUGAGAUGUAAAGAUAUUCUCGAUUUUAGAAAACAAUAGGCCUAGUUAUAGUACUAGAAUAAGGGAGUUUGAUCUAGCUCGAUUUUUUAUUUAUUCUGUUUUACAAAAUUAGAUAUUAUAUUGAAACCGUUU